AUGAGAUACCAUGAGGACCUGCCCCUACCGGAGAUUACCCCUGAGAAGGGUAUCAUGAUGGGAGCAGUGAAUGUCAUCAAGCUCUUUGCUCAGAAUAUGAUCUAUGGCUUCGGAUCAGGUGUUUGGGGUGACCGAGUGGUCUUCCAGACACCUGCAGUGCUGGCAGUGAAGAAGGCCUGUGGCAUUCUAAAGGAUUCCCAGAACCCAGCAAAGGCGUUGAACCCGAUUUGCAACGUGGACCCGCGCCCCCCCUGGGGGACCUCGUCGCCUACCCCGCCGGGCUCGGCGCUGACCUUCCGAGUGACCUAUCCGACAGUAGAGGUGGAGUUCAUCUAUCCCACCUUCGAUGGUUCCGCCUUCCCGCAGCUGAAUGUGGUGCGGACCACUCCGCCCACAGUGGACCUUGGAGUCGUUGAGGCUCGAGCGGUGAAGCUUGUGCAGCUGUAUGCAGGGGAUUGGUGUGAUCUUCCAGAGGACCUGGUGGAGUACUUGGUUCCUUGGAAGGCCGCACCUCCCGGCAAGGGGAUCCGCCCCAGUGCGGAAUUGGUUUCAUGCCUGCAGCUCGUCCAGCAGGCCUUUCAUGAGGCAUGUGAAGCGCUUCGGCAGCAGCCAGCCUUGCAGCAGGUCUUGCUGGGGAAGAGGAGCAUGCAGAGCUGGGAGGAGGCCUUGAAUGAAUGGGACGCCCAGCAAAGCCAGAUCUUGAGAGGCUGGGCACCAACAGCGUGCGAAGCACAUGCUUUCCGUUUGCCUGGUGAACUUUUACACGGGGUGUCAGAGCACUUUUCGCUGCUUGCCAAGCUCGGCCAUCUCUGGACCCAGAGGCGAUGGGUUUACAGUUUUCAGAGCACGUGGCGUAUGGCUUUGAAGUUGCUGGAGUUCUUACAAGUCUUGGCGCUUGAUGGAUUUGACAUCAUGUCGGACCUGGCCUAUUGGUUGCAUCGCCGCAGCUAUCGUGAGGCCCAACGGGCCCGCCGCAACGAGCAAGAGAUUUGGACUGCUGUGGCUAAGGAGCCACCGGUUUUCAGGAUCGCUGGCACCGCCUCCGGGCCGCUCCGCCACGACGUGCGGGCGGCCGCCGUGGUGGACGUGGCGGCGCGGGCGCGACGUGCGGAUGCGCAGCCCUUCCGCAUGGUGGAGGUGGGUGUCUUCCAGGGCAACUUGUCCAAGCACAUUUGGCAGCGCAGUGCAGCGCGCCCAGGAGCCUUUGAGCUGCAUCUAGUGGACCAUUGGGGUGCGCCCUACGUACCUUUGGCAACCCGCAAAGAGCUUGAAGAGUCGCUGGGGACGGGGUCCAACAUGGCUGGUCAGAGCAACAACUCGGCUCUACAGCGCCUGUGGCAUCACUUUGGCGCAAAGGGUGCUCGGCGCUUUGAGGUGCCACAUUGGUUGGGCGAAAAGAGGGCCUGCGGCGAGACAACCCGUGCUGCGGCGUCUUCGGCGGACCUUUUUGUGCAUCGCAGUGCCAGCAUAGCACCAGCGAGGUGCUUUCUGGAUGGCAGCUUAGAUUUGGUUUACAUCGAUGCCGACCACAAGUGGUGGAGCGUCUUGCAGGACCUCACAACUUGGUGGCCCAAGAUCAAACCUGGAGGAGUGAUGAUGGGACACGACUUUCACUUCAACUCGCUGAUGGAGCGUGCAUCGCUGGACGGUGGAGACAUCAAUGAUGUACCUCUAGCCGUGGGUGCAUUCUUUCGGUGGCCCACCACAGUGUCCUUGCAUUCUGGCUUUGUUUGGUCUGUGCAAAAGCCCUUGGAUAGCCAGCCGAAUGCCACUGAAGCCCAGCUCCAACGGCAGGAUCUGUGUGAUUUGCUGCGGAGGACUGCGGGCCUUAUUUGGCAAUUCUUUCGAGAGAAAAAACAUGCUAAAGGACAAACAACAUCAAAUCAGAUGGGUUAUUCAAUCUCCAGAUGCCCGCAAGGAAACUUCAUCCUCAUAAUGAAUUUGAGAUUUGUACAAACUACAAUUCCCCAAACAAGAAAAGAACUAUGA